AUGUCUUUCUACGGUACUCGAGCUCCCGAUCUUGAGUCGAAUCAAGUUCAAUAUGAGCUCCAACCUAGAAGUGGAAUGGCGAUAACACUUGCGAAGCGUCGCGAGAUCGAAGAACAGCUUAACCAUGUCAUAAUGAAGCAAGCUGAACUCCGACCAGCCCAGCAAGCUCUUCUCGACUCGACCACUUCAACCGAGGACCAUCAAUGUCGCCUUCAUAUCGAGUCUAUCGGAAGCGACAUCAUGGGCUACUUUGGUGCCUCUCGUAACAUGCUCGCUGAACUCAAAGGCGAGGCGAAUCCUGAUGACCAGCACAUCCAGGCUCAGGUCCAGUACAUCAGCGACAAAAUAAGGCAAGACAUUGAAGCGUACAGGUUAUCCCAAAGUGAUUUCGAUCGUCAAAUGCGCUCGCAGGUGCGCCGACGAUAUGAAAUCGCCCACGACGAUGCUACACCUGAGGAAAUUGACCAGGGCGUAGAGAGUGUGAUUAUGGGUCAGGAGCAGGUGUUCAGUGACAAGCGAAGCCAGCAUGUCAGAGAUGCUCGCGCUGCCGUUGCGCAGAGAUCAGCCGCAAUCCGCAAGAUCGAGCAAGAUCUGAUUACUCUCGCGGAGCUAUCACGCGAAGUUGCUGAGCUUGUCCAUCAACAUGAAUAUGCUGUUGUUGAGAUCGACAAGACGGCAAAUGAGACCCACAAAAACGUCCAACAAGCCAAUAUCCACUUGGACAAGGGAAUUCGAAGCGUGCGCAACGCUAGGAAAUGGAAGUGGUGGGCUCUCUUUCUUUGUCUUCUCAUUGUACUUAUUAUUGUGGUUGUGGCGGUUGUAUGGUGCUCGUUGAGCCAUAGCUGUGGAGCCAAGUGA